CCCAUCUCUACUCCCCUGUGAGGCCUGACAACCUCCCUGGGAUCGAGACUCCAACUGGCUGGAAAGUGCCCGACAAGUUCCAGGAAUGGAGCUCCAGAGCCUCCAGGAAGCGUUAAAAGUGGGGAUCCAGGGUCAUCAGAACGGCGACCUUAAGAAACAGCUCGUAGAGAGGCAUUCCCGGCUACCGGCCCUAAGCGAGAGACAAGUAAGGCUGGCUCCCGCCGUUCUUCACUCAUCUGCCGGUCCCGAGGCCUUGGGCACCAUUGCGGCAGUGCCCAUUAAAGUUCCUCAGGUCAGCUCCUUGCACAGAUUGGCAGGGCAAGGACCAGCAGCGCUACCUCAGCCGGCAUCCCCAGGAGCCCAUUCUCAACAGCCCUGCCAAGCUGAGAAUCUUAGAAGCAAAGAAUCUCAGUCUCAGACUCAUGACAGCAAAGCCUCUUGGAAUUUCAUCUGCUCAAAGUCAGAGGUCAGGCCAAAGACGUUGAUUCCCGACAGCCUUCCCAUCUCCCCAUGCCGAGAGCGCCCAUCCAAGCAGGCACCAGCCUUCCAGAAGGCUACUGUGGUCAGCAUCAAAAACCCCAGCCCAGCCCUCCCCACUGCCAACAACACCGGCAACCAACCCGUGGCGGAGCCUGCUGCCCUAACCUCCCCCCUGAGUGGGGCUGGGGUCGCCUACGCCAUCAUCUCCACAUCCCCCAGCAAUGCUGCCUCUCCCAUCAAACCCAGCUCGACCACUGCCACUGCCACCACUGUCUCCAUGGUCAGCGACAGCAUCAAGGUCCAGCCUCUCCUCAUCAGUGCCGACAACAAAGUUAUUAUCAUUCAGCCUCAAGUUCAGACCCAGCCUGACAGCAAGGCAGAGACACAGAAGCCUCCAGAAGAGUUGCCUCAGGGAGUCCAGGCUUCUAAAAAGAAGAAAGAAGCAGCUCCUGAUGUCCAGGAGAGUCCAGAGAAAAUCGCCUUCAUGGUAGCAUUAGGCCUGGUCACAGCAGAACACUUGGAAGAAAUCCAGAGCAAGCGUCAAGAAAGGAAGAGGAGGAGUACAGCCAACCCAGCAUACAGUGGCCUCCUGGAGACUGAGCGGAAACGCCUGGCGUCCAACUGCCUGAACAGCCCUUUGUUCCUGUCAACAAGAGCAAAUGAGGAGUCCUGUUGGAAGAAUGAGAUCUCCCAUGAGGAGGUGUGUGUGACAUGUAAGAGAGGCACGGACCUGCAGCCCUGUGGCACCUGCCCGGGGGCCUACCACCUAAGCUGCCUCGACCCCCCACUCAAAACUGCACCCAAGGGUGUCUGGGUGUGCCCCAAGUGCCAAGAGAAGGUGUUGAACAAAGAUGAAAACGUGCCCUGGACAGGAAUGCUGGCCAUUGUUCACUCCUAUGUCACCCACAAGACAGUCAAAGAAGAGGAGAAGAGAAAACUCCUAAAGAGGGGCAGCGAGCUGAAGAGCGAGCACAGGCAGCUGGAAGAGAAGGAUCGGCUCCUGAACUCAGCCGUGAAGAAAUGCCUGGAACUCAAGACCAGUCUGCUCGCCCGGCGGAAGGGGGCUCAGUCAUCCCUGGAGCGGCUCCGGACUCUCCUCCGGCUCAUCCAGAAUGAGCAGAUGCUUCAGGUCACCAUGACCACCACCACUGCCUCUGCCUCCCCACUGCUGGCAGUGCCUUGGAUCAAGCCAGCCGCUGCCUCGGCCACUGUGGCCAUGCACACAGCCCUCCCGCAGGCCCAGGGAAACAACUGAGGCCCAGCAGGGAGUGGACCCCAUGGGGUGAGGGGCACCCAGAAAAUGAGCCUUCACAGACACCCACCUGUCCCAUGUCACCUUCCAAGGGGCCAGCUCCUUGGGAGCCUCUGGUCACCCAGGGCUAUUUGCUUCUGUCCACCGGUCAAGAUGUCAUGAUGAUUUCAGAUGAAGAAAGAGAAGGGAAAAAGGGAAGGGAGGUGGAUGAGGGGCAAGAGAGAAGGGGAAAGGAGCAAGAGAAAGGAGAAAAAAAGGAGGGGGCAAGGAGUGAAAGCAAGAGAGAAGAAGGGAACGAAGGAAGGGUGGAAGGAAGGAAUGGACACAAGGAAAGAAGGGGGUAUGGGAGAGAAGGGAUGGUCCUCUGCUGCCAUACUGAUGAGCAGACAUCUUAACAGUUGUUUGGCUAGGAGGGCAGAACUUAAAGUACAAGACUUAGUUGAUCAUUCUUAGCAAGGUUAGGGUUAGGUUUUAGAGCCAUUGGGGAAGUGAAGCUAGGGAGUGCCCCUUCCUGGGCCCCUUGGGCAGUGAAGGCCCAUCACCAGGGAGUUGUGCCCCUUGACUCAGGGUUGCAGAGGUGGGAGGGCUCUGGAGUUGGGGUCGAGGCUGGUGGCGUCUAUCAUAGGGACACUAGUGAAGCCUCCCCCUACACACUCACACUGACCCUUCCACUAGGAUUCUCAUUGCAGAGAAUACUCUCAUUUACACUGAAGGCCCACGCAUAGUUAGCAUUUCUGGUGGGAUUCUGAGAGCUCUCUGGGAGGACCUUCUGAAGUGCUGGAUGAGCUAGAACCGUUGAGCCUUCAUUCUGCAGGUCCCUUUGACUUCUUUUGCCAUUGAUGCAUUUUUUCUCCUGGCGUUUGGGGGCAUGAUGGAGCCUAGACCAGACGCUGGAGCUCUUCAGCAGGAUUUGGGGCUUUCAAUCAUUUGACCUUGGGGUUGGAGCCUCAGGGGGGGUUGUUGUUGUUUUUCCUUUGAACGAGCCAAUAAAUAUUCCAUUUUUUUCCGUUUCUUGCCAGUAUGGACACUAUGCCAAAAAUACUUUUACAUUUUUGUACUGUGUUUUUAUUGCAAAGAUAUUUAAUGUGAAGGAAAAAAAAUCGCUGCUCUUUCCCUGCAGGGCCAUGGCUGCUUGUGGCCCAAGAUGAAGGUCAACCUGCCUCUGCGGGAGAGAGGCAGCCCAAUUUGAGGGAUCCAGAGACUCUAGGGUUGGGGGGUGGACUGGAUCAGGGAGGAGAAAGAAGAGGAAGAUUGACUUGUGACAUUUCAAGGGUUUGCAGAAGCCCUGAGUCCUCUGGCCAUUCAAAGUUAUGGUGGCAAGAGAUUACAUGAGAAAAUCUCCAGAUGUUUCACAAGUCAGGAUGACUAAGAGUCCAAGGAUCAGCACCAGGGCCUUGCCACUGAGAUGGACCUGGCACUCACCAGCUUUUGCCUAGCUGUUGCCAAUUCUUGUCAUGUCCUCCCACUCAUAUGGCCCAAGUGGCCUUUGGACAGGUGGCGGGAUGAGGGUCUACUGCAUCUGAAGAUCCCACAGUGCCAUAACCCAUGAGCCGCUCCAGGUGCCUCCAGCCAGGGGCUUGGUCUUUACUAACCCAUCAACUGAAGACAGCACAUGGGCCCUGCAACCAUUUUCACCAUUCCGGGAGAAACUGUGCAGAACGUAUGAUACAGAUCUAUUUUAAUACACUCAACACUGGGUUGAACAAGAUUUUUAUAUUCUUUUAUUGACGAACAAAGUGGAUUAAAGAAACGCCAUUGUUAUUGUUGGUGAUUGUACGCCAAUAUUUAUAUACAUCACAAGGGGGCUUGUGGUAGGACAUUUGGUUCAGGUUUUGUGGUCUUUUCUUUCUUCUCGGGUGGAUACGAUGGGAAUACUGGAUGGAGGGACACGGGUGGCGGCCAGCCCCACUGGUGCUGUGUCCUGGGACUGGUCGUGCUAGGCUUUGGUUUUCAUUUUCAUUUUUCUGCUUUGGUUCGGUUUUGCAAAAGGGGACUGUCCUGUGGAUAGUACGCAUAGAGGGGAAAGUGUUUGUCUUAAAUAUGCUUCUGUAGUUUUAAUUCUUUAUGAUGCAUUAAACUC